GUGGAGUAAGCCUGGGCAUGGACUGAAAGAGGCCGGGAGCACAGUUCGGGUUCCCUCUCGUUUCCCGGACUCUGUAUCGAGUGACGGGGGUGAAAUGCUACCCCGGUGGGGGUCGUGGCUGCCCCGGCAAUUGUAAAGGUCUCCCAGAACGGGAGGAUCAUAGAUUUGAAACAGGAAUGGAUGAACAAAAAGCAUCCAGUGAGGACAAGGAAUCUGAAGCAUCUGCUGAUGAAAAUGCUUCUGAUGGGGCCUGUGAAGCAGAAGGGGAUGAGCCCAUUAACCCUGAACAACCAAAUCCAACUGACGUGGAUGCGGCUUCUUUAGUCCCACCAUGCAUCAGCUCCAAAAACAGGAGCUGUGCUCUUUGCAACUGUGGAGAGUGGAGCCCUCAGGGCCAGCGGGAACUUCUGCGGUUUGAUCCUUCGCCAGAUCACCCGGUGCUGAUUCCUGGCCCCAUUCAGCUGCAUGAAACUUCCACGCAGAUUUCAGACCCCUCUAUAAUUGGCUUUGCAGAGGGUGUGUCACCUGCCCAGCUCUUUGAACCUACAGGGCACUGUUGGGCUCAUCACUGGUGUGCAUCCUGGUCAACAGGAGUCAUAAGUGGUGAAGGGACUGGACUGAUCAAUGUGGACAAAGCUGUAAACUCAGGGAUAUCACAGAAAUGUGAAUACUGUAAUCGGAUGGGUGCUACCAUUCAGUGCCACUCGACAGGGUGUUUGCGCCGUUACCAUUUUCCCUGCGCUGCUGCGAGUGGAUCCUUCCAGUCCAUGAAGACCUUAAAACUGCUGUGCACAGAACAUCUUGGAGAGGCUGUUGCAAUGGAUGACUCCCGUUGUGUGCUGUGCAACAAGCCUGGUGACCUCAUAGACCUCCUAUUCUGCACCAGCUGUGGCCUGCACUAUCAUGGUGCCUGUCUGGAAAUCACAGUCUCGCCACUAAAACGCUCAGGCUGGCAAUGCCCUGAAUGUAAAGUGUGCCAAACCUGCAGGCAGCCAGGAGAAGACACAAUGAUGCUUGUAUGUGAUGCCUGUGACAAGGGAUAUCACACCUUUUGUUUGAAACCAGCUAUCGAGUGCUUGCCCACUGACUCGUGGAAGUGCAAGACCUGCCGUGUUUGUCGCCUAUGUGGCUCUCGGACAGCACAGAUGAAACCUGGCAGUCAGUGGUACGACAAUUAUUCAGUGUGUUCAAAAUGCCAAGACAAGAGGAAUCAGGCAGACACUUGUGUCUUGUGUAGUCACUCUCUGCCGAAAGAGAAGUGUCCCAAUUGCAUCAAUGUCCAUCAAACGGUUAGUGCACAAGUUGAUGACUCUUCGCCAUGCAGUGCUGGUAGUCCGGUAACUAAUAAAAAACAAUUGCUGCGGGAGAAUGGCAAUGAGAUCUCUAACGUGAAGCUGUCCAAAUGUGAAGCCAAACCACUAGGGAUAUCCGAGAUUAAUCUGGAUCCCCUUCAGAAGAAAGUUUCAUCUGAAACACUGAUGGAGCCUAUAUCAGAUUCUAUGUCUCUGGAGGACCUUGUAACAACGGAAGAAGAUGCUCCUUCCACUUCAGAAAAUGAAGCUCCUGAGGCACCUCCUGUAAUCACAGAGCCCUUAAGUGAAAAAAGCCCACCCCCCUUGGAAGCUGAACUACCAACUAUAGAAACCACGUCUGAUGCUUGUGAUUUACUUGAUGAGGCUCCUGUGCUGGUCACUGUGGAAGAUGAAGAAAUGGAAACUGAAGAUACAGAGACUGGGAUUCAGGAGUUGCAAAUGCAAGUGACACAUUCGGUGCUUGCAAGCCCAACCAUUAAGACUGCUUCCCCAACUUUAGUUUCUGAUGCAUCCCAGGCAUGUGCCUCUGUAAUUGAGGGCUCUGACAUAAGGCUUACAGAUACCAUUAAUCUAGCUAGUGGGACUUGUCAGAGUCCUUCGAAGACAACUAGCUGCUCUCAGCAACCAUCUCUUUCAGACUCUGAAAUGACUAUUGAGUCCGAGGAUCCUCCUUGCCACGCUAAUACAGAGGUGUUAAAUGCUGACAAUGCAUUUUUUCAGGAAGUAGUUGGGGACUACUCUGCUAGCAAAGAGCAAGGCCCACUCAGGCCUCUUCUUAUCAAGUCUGACAUUGUAAAUGAGAUCUCUAAUUUGAGCCAGGGGGACACCACAGGUAGCUAUCAUGGCUCUGAUGCACUAGGUUCCCCUGACCCUGAGGGCGGGUCCCUCUCUAUGGAGAUGUGUUUGCAUAAAGAGGAUGGAUCUUUGCGGUUGUGCAAUGACUCUAUUACAGAGACCGAUGAUUCUCUACUCUAUGAUCCCUCUGGGGGGAAACUAGAUGCAGAAAAGACACGUCGAAAAAGCUCACCAGGGCGCUCAAGGGUUAAACAAGGUCGAAGUAGCAGCUUUCCUGGAAGAAGACGGUCCCGUGGAGGAAGUGCUGGAACAAGUCGAGGUAGAGGAAGAUCACGACUUAAAUCUACAGCCUCUUCCAUAGAGACUCUUCCGGUUUUAGAUGUGGAAAGUUCUCCUAGCAAGGAGGAAGAGGAGGAAGAGGAUGAUGCCAUGCAGAACACAGUUGUGCUUUUUUCCAACACUGAUAAAUUUGUGCUUAUGCAGGACAUGUGUGUGGUGUGUGGCAGUUUUGGUCAAGGCUCAGAAGGGCAUCUACUAGCAUGUUCUCAGUGUUCUCAAUGUUAUCAUCCGUACUGUGUAAAUAGCAAGAUCACCAAGGUUAUGCUUCUAAAAGGCUGGCGAUGUGUAGAGUGCAUUGUCUGUGAAGUGUGUGGGAAAGCUACAGAUCCUUCUCGCUUACUGCUAUGUGAUGACUGUGACAUCAGUUACCACACAUAUUGCCUAGAUCCACCACUACAUACAGUGCCCAAGGGUGGCUGGAAAUGCAGAUGGUGUGUGAGCUGCAUGCAGUGUGGUGCAGUUACUCCUGGAUUUCGUUCAGAGUGGCAAAAUAACUACACACAUUGUGCACCAUGUGCCAGUCUUGUAAGCUGUCCUGUUUGUCACCUUAAGUACUUGGAGGGAGAUCUUCUUAUCCAGUGUCGUCACUGUGAGAGGUGGCUUCAUGCUGUGUGUGAAAAUUUGUUCACAGAAGAAGAGGUUGAGCAGGCUGCAGAUGAGGGCUUUGACUGCUCAUCAUGUCAGCCAUUCAUCCCUAAGACAGUGGUUCCAGUUGUCAUUCCAGAAAGUCCAAUAAAGCUUAAGGAACCAGAACCCCAGUACUUCCGUUUUGAUGGCGUUUGGUUAACUGAUGCAGGCAUGGCUGUAUUGCGAAGUCUUUCUCUGUCUCCAAUUCAAAAAAAGAAGCCCAGACGUUCACGGUUAUGCACAGGAGGAGAGGUUUUUAUUGAUUGCCCUGAGGCGAUGGGGACUGAGGAUCGGAAAGAAGGGGAAGCUGAGUGUGAAGAUCAUAAAGCUGAUGACAACUGCAAUGUGGAGCCCAUGGACUGUGAUAUAAAGACAGAGACAAUGGGCAGCCCUGAACGUGAAGCAUGUGCAGAAACAGAACCAGUAAAAAGCAUGGAAGAUGUGGAGGAUGUUAAAAAAAAGAAAAGAAAACCCUACAGACCAGGUAUUGGAGGUUUUAUGAUCAGGCAGAGAAAAACGCAUACAAGGACAAAGAAAGGCCAUGCUGCUUUUCUUGAGGCCUUCAGAGAAAGCCAGAAUCAUGAUGCUCAUCCAGAUGAUGCUCCCCCUCCUGAGACCCCUACAGAAACUGGUCCAGAAACAGGAAUUACAGAGAUUGAUGAGAAAAAGAAACGAAGAGGCAGAAAAAAAAGCAAACUGGAGGAUAUGUUUCCAGCAUAUCUUCAGGAAGCCUUUUUUGGAAAGGAACUGAUAGAUCUUGGCAAGCAGGCCCUUUUGGCAGCCCGUCCAGUUGCUCAGAAGUCAAAAGCAACACAGGGUGUUACACUGCCAUCACAGAGCUCAGCUCAAACAUCAUUUCAAAGCACAGCCCCUUCAGCAGAGCCCAUAUAUGCAUCUACUCCUGCAGCACCAUUCGAAGAGUCCAUCAGCAAUAAAAUGAAGGCAGAGAAUCAAGAGCUCCCUAAGAUGGAGAACACAGACAUACAGCAAAUGUUAAAGGAUGUGCUAGGGCCAACAGAGCAGGAGAGGACUUUAAGCAACAUCAGUGGAAGGAGGGAUAGCUCAAAUUCUGGAGCAACUAACCAGCCCCCACUAGCCUUUCUGCAAGGUGGGUCCCAUCCAACUACUUCUUAUGUAGAGUCUUUUUCACAGCCUGGCUUUAUGGAGAACAGUAAUUCUGUAUUCAGCCCUGAACACUGUGAUACAGAGAGCUCUUGGACUACAGCCUCCACUCCAACUACACCUACUGCAGAAGGGGAGGUUGAUAGCCUAUCCUACAACCAGCGUAGCUUACAAAGAUGGGAGAAAGAUGAAGAGCUGGGUGAACUUUCAACUAUAUCGCCUGUUCUCUAUGCUAACAAGAACUUUCCUAACCUCAAACUGGAAUACCCAGAUUGGACUAAUCGGUGCAAGCAGAUCAUGAAGUUGUGGAGAAAAAUUCCAGCACCAGAUAAAGCACCAUAUCUGCAAAAGGCCAAAGACAAUCGUGCUGCACAUCGAAUUAGCAAGGUUCAGAGGCAGGCAGAAAAUCAGAUCAACAAGCAGUCCAAAGUAGAAGUUGCACGAAAAAUAGAACGUCCAGUGCUUCAGCUUCAGAUCCCUCAGCAUUCAGGAUCUCAGCUUGGUGCAACCCCAGAUUUUAGGACUGGUGUACCAACGGCACAAGAUCCCUUCCUGUCUAGUGGCUCUGUUUUGUCUACCUCCUCAGACUUGUUUUUAAAGCCUUCACCAGCUACCACACCAGGGGUGGAAUCACCUGGUGAUGUUUUAUUUAAGUUUUCAUCCCCUUCACCAUCCCAGGAGCACAUUAAUAGUUCUCCUGCUUACUCUUUGGACCCUCGAUACCAGUCUUCCUUGGGACAGUCUCCAGUUUCCUGUGGGUCCUUCCAGACAAUGGCUGGGACUGAGAAUCACCCUGGACCCAAUGCACAACAUGCUUACCAGACAACUCACCCUGCCGCUACUCAUCACCAACCUCUUACUCCAGAGCCCUUUAUUAAACCACGUUACCCAGCUGGAUCCCUUGAUAACUUAUCAUUGAUCGGGAGCCCAGGUUCACGAUCAAGCCAGCCAUCUGACAACUCUAGCAAACCUGCUGAACCAAUGAUGUCUCCAACACGCUAUGGGGAUCCUAAGCGACUCUCUGAAGGGAUGCUUUAUCAAGUGAAAAAGGAAGAUGUUGGUUCUCCUGGCUAUCCCCACAGUGUUGGGUUUGCUGAUGGAACAGCUGAGAUGAAAUGUGAUGUGUUUAAAGCACCUCUCACUCCCCGGACAUCUCAAAUUGAGCCUCAAAGCCCUGCAUCAUCCCACAGAGAACCACACCUAUAUACACAAGUGACAUCACCACAGCACCACUCGGACAUGUACAGGCAAUCCUCUUCUGCUUCAUAUACAGAUCCCUACUCCCAAACACCAUUAACUCCUCGUCCCCAAUCAGAAAUAAGCUGUACUUUGAAUCCUCGAUCUCUACCCUCUGAUCCCUUCACUCGUGUCCCAACAAGCCCACAGUCUCAGGGCAGUUCUCAGUCCCCAUUAACUCCUAGGCCACUUUCGGCGGAAGCAUUUUGCCAAUCUCCAGUGACCCCACGGUUUCAGUCUCCAGACCCAUACUCGCAACCUCCCUCACGUCCUCAUUCUCGUGACCCUUUUGCACCAUCACACAAACCUCUUCGACCUCAGGUUGCAGAACAAGGGUUCAAAUCUUCUACUCCUCUCUUGCAUACCUCUCCUGUUGGAUCAGACUAUCCGUCAUCCCAGGAUGUCCACCCUAAAAUACCAGUGAAUCAACAACAGAACUCUAUGUUUGCUCGCUCUCCUGGUGCCAGUGGGUUUCCAAAUGCUCAGAAUCCGUUAUGUUUUACUUUCCCCCAUUCACCUGGGGAUAGUGUUAAAAGUUCACCCUCACACCAGCCUACUUUUCCAUCUUCCCAUUCAAUGAACAAUUUCCAUCCCAACAAGCCACAGAGUUAUGCAUCUCCCAACAGCAACACUCCCUCUUUCCAUGCAGCCAGUAGCCCACAUUCAUCUGGAAAUAGCAGCACUUCUGAUGUAUAUGCACAGUCUCCUCACAGACCUCCUUCAGUUUUGUCACAAGAACCUACCUAUCCACCCCCUGCUACUAACCAACAUCAGGGCCUUAAUUCUCCAGCAGAAAAGCAGAGGGAAGAUCUCAAUGGAACUGGUAAUGCGCUUGGCACGACUCUCAAAGAAGUGCCAGAUCUUCAGAGCACUCCUGAUCCGGCACUGAGUAAUAUGAGCCAGACAGAACUGGAAAGACACAGACAGAGACAGAGAUUACGAGAGCUCUUAAUCAGACAACAGAUCCAGCGGAACACUUUGCGUCAAGAGAAGGAGGCAGCUGCAGCUACACUGAGUUCAUCCCACCCAGGGUGGAGUGUUGAAUUGAGUGGACAAAGCUUUGAUGCAGUGGGACGAGUUGCAAUGUACCCUUCUGCACAGGAAAAGGCAAGUCUUUCAGUUAUACCUGCCUCUCCUGGAGCAAGUAAACCUUCUGCUCAGUCUUUCCCCCAAGAUGAUCGGCUGAAUAUGCCUUUGCUUAAUGCAUCUCCUGGGACUUCUGACAAUUCCGGAAGGCAAGCUGCUGAAGCAACACAAACAUUUUAUGCAAGAGGAUCCUUUCCAGAUCAAGCACAGGUGUGGCAAUCGCAAGUAGCAUCUCCAAGGUCUCUGACUCCCAACCGGCCUUCAUUCACACCUUCGUUGACUAGUGGAGGGAUUGUGCGGUUGCCUUUUCCAGGAGAUCAGAUUACUUCAUCUUCAGUUACUGUAGGUGGAGCACCUUACAUUGAGCUGCGGCAUCAUGCACCGAAAUUACAGAUUGGUACUACUUUUCCCCCUCCAGUCUCUCAAACCAGACCACGUUUUUAUUUGGCAGGUGAAGGGGGAAAUUCUCCUUUGAUACCUGGGCUUAUUAGAACUGAUGGAAACACUGUACAAGUGCCAGUGAUGAGAAACUCAUUGCUGCAAACUCAAAAAUCACUAGCUUCCACCCAUUUGACUCUUUCUCAUGCCACAAAUAUGGUUGGUGUCCAACAGCCAAUUCAUGCAAAAGGAGACACAGUCCCUGAAAUAACACUGCAUCAGUCCAGUUUACAAGCACCAGCUCUUUCUGAAGGCUCAAAGGAGGGAACAUCUACUAGUCUUGAGGGUGGAAGAGUUCAUUGUGACGAUCCCCCAGAGCUUGAUGUUGAUUUUGACACACACAAAGACUUAGAAGAUGAUGAUUUGGCAAAUUUGAGUCUUGACGUGGCUAAAACAGAUGAUGAUUUAGGCAAUCUUGAUAACCUUGAAACCAACGACCCGCACCUGGACGAUCUCCUAAAUGGUGAUGAAUUUGAUUUACUAGCUUACACUGAUCCCGAAUUAGAUACUGGGGACAAAAAGGACAUUUUUAAUGAACACUUGCGUCUUGUUGAAUCAGCCAAUGAAAAAGCAGAGGAGGAAGCAUUGAUGAAGAUGGAACCUGACGGCAGUGAUGUCAAAACUGACUGCACUCCCAAAAAGUUGGUGCAGGAUGUAUCAGUAAAUGCAAUUAUGGAAACAACCAAAGACCGAAUGACUGGUGACUUGGGACUUGGAUUAGGGCACCUGCCUCGUAGUGGAGGGGGAAAGGUAACCCAAAUUCCAUCUGCCACUGAAAUAAAACCAGCCUUCAGUGGUGAUUUUAAACUAAAAACAGAAGAUGGUGUUCUAAAAACUGGCAAUUGUCAGUUUAGUACAAGCAGUCAAGUGUCUGUUAAAAUAGAAUCUGGUCAUGGCCAUGAUAAAAAUGUGCUUGGUAUUGGUUUGGUAAAGUCAGCAACUGGCCAUAGUGUAAACGCUGCUCAAGCUACAAAUCAAGGGGCUCCUGUAUUCUCAAACCAAGACUCUGUAGUGUCUGCAGUUGCAGGGCAGAGCAGUCUAAUUCUUAGGAAGUUUGAGUUAGAUGAUGGUGCACUUGGUUUGCAGGGUACAAGGCAGUCCCAUAGUGAUGAUCUUGAUAAAAUGGAAAGCUCCCUAGUAGCCAGUGAACUUCCACUUCUUAUAGAGGACCUUCUGGAGCAUGAGAAAAAAGAACAGCAGAAAAAGCUGAUGUCAGGACAGCAUACAGAGUCUGUACCACAGCACCCUAUGAUUAGUCAUUCAUCUUUGGCAGCUCAGUCAGGACCCCAUAUCCAACAGCAUCAAGACUCUCAGCAGGCAAAUUUAGUAGGACCUGGACUUGUACAACGGCAGUCGGGACUGAACUCAACUUCCCAACUUCUAAGUCCACAGCAUCAGAUACAGCAGAGGGUUGCUGGAGCACCAAUUAGUUCUGGAAUGGAAUCCUCUCUUUCUGGGGCUCCUAAUCAGCCUCACUUACUAGGUGGUCAACACCUGGUACAUACUGGUGUACCCCAAACUCAAGGUCUCCCUCCAAAAUCUAUGAUUGGGCAGCAAAUUGGAGUGAAGCCACAGCAGCUUGUUCUGCAGCAACAGCAACUGACAAACAAUAUAUUUCCUGAUACAGAUCUGGACAAAUUUGCAGCUGACGACAUUAUGGAUCCCAUUGCAAAGGCAAAGAUGGUUGCCUUAAAGGGAAUAAAGAAAGUGAUGGCACAGGGGAGUAUUGGUGUCACCCCUGCUAUGAAUAGACAACAGGUCUCCCUUCUUGCACAACGACUAGGGGUCCCUGGAGUUCCUGAAUCUAGCAGUCAAACACCUGCAGCUGUAGCACAGGAGAGGUGCAGCAUGGAUACAGCUCAGCCACGUCCCAGCCCACCUGCAUUUGUUCAGGGAGUAAUCAAUGAAGCAGAUCAACGGCAGUAUGAAGAGUGGCUGUUUCACACUCAGCAGCUCUUGCAGAUGCAAUUGAAGGUCCUUGAAGAACAAAUUGGUGUCCAUAGGAAGUCCCGAAAAGCUUUGUGUGCUAAGCAGCGAACGGCUAAGAAGGCUGGUCGUGAAUUUCCAGAGGCCGAUGCAGAAAAGCUUAAAUUGGUCACUGAACAACAAAGCAAGAUCCAGAAGCAGCUUGACCAAGUUCGUAAACAACAAAAGGAACAUACAAAUCUUAUGGCAGAGUAUCGAAAUAAACAGCAGCAACAUCAGCAGCAAAACUGUGGAGUCCUUCCUGUCAGUCCUAAUCCGAACUCUCGUGUUCUAACAAAGGCUCCUAGCCAACUCAUUGCAGGACACAGCAUGCCACAAGCAGGGUCUAUACAACACAGUCAGAUGGUUGGACAGGGUAGUAGUCUUCGUAACCUUCAGUCAAGCAUAACCUUGCAAACACAACAAGGUCCCUCCUAUGUUCAACCUAUACCUCAGCAGCAUCAGGCUCAGGGGGGUAACUCAGCAGUUCCUGGAACUUCCAGCGGCUUUUACCCGGCAGCAUCAACUCUUCACAACCUCAGUCCUGAUCAAAGGGCAAUCCAGGAGAGACAGGUUCAGCAGCAAAGGAUGCAGCUGGCACAAAAACUGCAGCAUCAGGGGUUUCAAGUGUCACCACAAGGAAGUGUUCCUCAGGCAAUGUUGGGCAAACCGCAUGGACUAGUGGGAGAAUCCCAUGGGUUGGUGAUACAGCAAACAGCUUCUCAGUCACAGCAGUCAGUUGUGGUAAAUUCCCUAGCAUCUGUGUUACAGCAGCACCCCACGCCAAAACAAAUGUUAGUGUCUCAGCAACAGCAGAGGGUUGUGGGAUCCUCCCCAGUAGCUCACUCACAGCAAAGUCUAAUUAGUCAGAGGUUAGUUUUGUCUCCUCCACAGCAGAGCAUGAUUGGUUUAUCCCAGAUACAGCAUCAAGCUGGCAUGGGUUCUCCUGCCAGUAAUUUGGUUCAGCAGACACUAAUUGGACAAAUCCCACCCACCUCACAAACCAUUACUGGCCAUCAGCAAAAUCUAUUGAGUGCUAAGGAUGUUAAUGUGACAGAAAAUGUACUGCUGGUUCAAGAGGGCAAAGAGGCUCAAGGACACCUUGUACUUCAACCUAACUCAUCAUGCAGUCCAUUAAGUCAAGAUUCUGGUGAUAAACCAUCUCGAGAUCCAACAUUAAACAAUGGUUCAGCCUCUUUAAUAAGCCAAAAACCUGAUACUCCACAUUCUGAUUCUGUGGAAGAUGUGCAGCAACCAAAUGAAAACCUGGAAACUGCACAAUCUCCAUUUUGUGUAACAAGUCCUGUACAACAGCCUGUUAGACAGCAACAUAAUUUGAAUCUUCCACUAACACAACAAACUGUACCAAAUCUUGGUGCACAUGGAAAGCCUGAUGAUAUUCAUCAUGUUACACCAGAGACUUUGCAUCCACCUUCUGUUGAUGCACAGCAAAGUGCGACUGGGGAGCAACAACAGAGUUUGAUACAAGGUCAGAGAGUUGUGGGCCACAGUCAGGGACAGCCACAGGUGAAUGAAAUAAAUAAGGGGGUAGUUGAGCAACAUCUGGUUACACAGCAGAGACCCUCACUCGGAAGCCGACAGAUUGUACAUACUCCUAGUUUUGUAGGACAGACCAAUUUUUCACUCAUGAAUCAAAUUAGAGCUCAACUUCAGGCCAUAAUUGCAAAAAAUCCACAACUGAGGCACUUGAAUCCACAACAACAGCAACAGUUACACGCAAUUCUCAUUCAGCGUCACCAACAAACUCAGAAUCAAGCUCUCAGGCAAGCAUCAUUCCAAGAAUCAACAGUACAGCCUACUGCAGUGUCAAGUGGAGCAUCUGGGGAUCAGGCAUCACUGAGUGGAAUAUUUCAAGUUCGUCAGACGCCAUCUGUUGCAGAACAAGUUCAGCAAAAUUAUGCUGAGGAAAAUAUGCCAGUAAACGUACAGAAAUCGACACCAGGUAAUUCAAGUGGAACACAGGUGGCUGUUUGUGGUGCUGUACAGUCUCAGGAAAAUACAACUACACAAAUUUCACAGAAUAUUAAAAAUUUUAGACAUAUUGGACACCAGCCUCAACCUCAGCAUAAAAUGCCACAGUUGCAGGGUCAACAGAUAUUGUCAGCUAAUCAGCCAUACCACAUGCAGCAGCUUCAUCAGGUGCAGCAACCUCUGUUGCAACAGGAUCAACAAACACAAAAUCAGCAACUGCAAACAACACAAAUGCAUCAAGUACAGUCUCUUCAGAUGCACCAGGUACAACCAACCCAAAUACAGCAGCUGCAGACUCAAAAUAUUCAACAGGUGUCAGGACAGCAGCAAAUGCAACAGCAGCCAGUUCAGCAGGCACCACAACAUCAGCUACAGCAGUUAAAUCAGAUUCAACAGCUGCAGCAAUCACAACAGCAAGUACAAAAGCAUCAUAUACAACAAUUGCAACAGACUCCACAACCACAAAUGCAGCAGCAGGUGGUGCAGCAGAUACAACAGUUAAAGCCACCACAGCAGAUACCACAGUCUGUGCAGCAGACCCCUCUUCAGUUGCAGCAAACACAGAAGCAGGUUUUACAACAGAUACAGCAACUGCAAGCUGCUCCACAACAGAUAAAACAAACACAGCAGGUUGUGCAACUACAACAGACUCAGAAACUGCAGAAAAAUCAGCAACUACAACAAUCUCAACCACAAAGCCAGCAGCAGCAGUUGCUACAGCAGGCUCAGCGACAGGCCCAGCAGCUUCAGCUGGUGCAGCGACAAGCCCAACAGCUUCAGCUUGCCCAGCGACAGGGGCAGCAGCUGCAGCUAGCUCAACGACAGGUACAGCAGCAGCUGCAGCAUUUUCAGAAGCAGGUUCAACAAUUACAACAGACUCAGCAACCAGAUCAGUCCCAGCAUCUGCAACAGGCUCAGCAGCAAGUACAGCAGCUGUUACAGUUGCAACUUCAGCUUCAGCUACAACUACAGCAGGCUCAACAACAGGUACAACAGCUACAACAGGUUGAGCAGCACCAGACUUCACAGAAUGGUCCACAACAGCCAUUGCAGCAGUCUCAGCAGCCACAGCAGACUCAACCACAAGUUCCACAGCAGCCGCAACUGUCUCAGCCUCAAGUCCAACAACUGCAUGUGGCUCAGCCACAAUCACAGCAAAAUCUGCAGCUGCAACAGGCCCAGCAGUUGCAGCAAGUUCAGCAACUGCCACAGGCCCAACAGCAGGUUCAGCAGCAACAGCCACAGCAGGUACAACUGCAACAAGCCCAGCAGCAGCAGCUGCUGCAGCAGCAGCAACAGGCCCAACAGCAAGUUCAACAGCAGCAGCAAUUACAGCAGGUUCAGCAUAUGAAACAGCAGCAACUACUGCAACAUGCCCAGCAGCAGCAACUGCUGCAAAAUGCCCAGCAGCGACAGCUGUUGCAACAUGCCCAGCAGCAAGUUCAGCAGCAGCAACAAAUGCAACAUGCUCAGCAGCAAGUUCAACAACCGCAACAGGACCAGCAGCAAGUUCAACAACAGCAGCUACAGCAGCAGGCCCACGAGCAAGUUCAGCAACUACAACAGGCUCAGCAGCAAGUUGAGCAGCUGCAGCAGGCCCAGCAGCAAGUUGAACAGCAGCAGCUGCAGCAGCAGGCCCAGCAGCAGCUGCAGCAGCAGACCCAGCAGCAAGUUGAACAGCAGCAGGCCCAGCAGCAAGUUCAGCAGCAGCUGCAGCAGGCCCAGCAGCAGCUGCAGCAGGCCCAACAGCAAGUUCAGCAGCAGCUGCAGCAGCAGCAACUGCAGCAGGCCCAGCAGCGAGUACAACAACAGCAGCUGCUCCAGGCCCAACAGCAAGUUCAACAGCAGCUGCAGCAAGUUCACCAGCAGCAAGUUCAACGGCAAGUUCAACAACAGCAGCAGCUGCAGCAGGCCCAACAGCAGGUUCAGCUUCAGCAGCAGCAGCAGGUUCAGCAGCAGCAGCAGCAGCAGGUUCAGCAGCAGCAGCAGCAGCAGGUUCAGCAACAGCAGCAGCAGCAGGUUCAGCAACAGCAGCAGCAGCAGGUUCAGCAACAGCAGCAGCAGCAGGUUCAGCAACAGCAGCAGGUUCAGCAACAGCAGCAGGUUCAGCAGCAGGUUCAGCAGCAGCAGCAGGUUCAGCAGAACAAGGAGCAGGUUCCACAGCACCUGCUAAAGGGUGAAGAGCAGCUUAAGCAAACACCGCAACAUCAGAUUCAGCAGCUGCAGCAGUCACCACAAGAUCAUAUACAGCAGCAAGAAUCAGAAAAGCCGAAUUUGUCUCAGUCAUCACCAAUGCAUCAGCCAAAACAUACAGAACAGCAGUUGACCCAGAUACUGGAGACAAAUCAGGCUCUACAGACAGAACAAGUUGAACAAAAGGAAUUGCCUACGCAAAUGGAACAGGUACCGCAAACACAGCACUGCCCCUUGCAGCAGAAUCUGCUGCAGCAGCACAAAUCACCUUUGUCACAGUUGCCAUCUCAUCAAAUGUUAAUUCAGAAUCAAUCACAAAAUAAAAUGCUAUCGCUCCAGCAAGUGCAAAUACAGACCACGCAACUGCAUACUCAGUCUCCGCAUUUACAACAAUCACAGCAAGUCAUAAAAAAGCAAACAUCUAAUCAAUCACCUCAGGCUUCCCAAGAACACGCUCAACAUCCGACUCAACAACUGCAACAACACAUUCAGCAGCCCCAGAAUUUGCAACAGCAUAAUAAAUCACAUGGACAAUUUCCACAGAACCAAAAUGCUCAAGUGCAACAAGUACAGCCGCAGCCAGUAAACCCUCUAGUCCCACAGGCUGGCUUGCAAGCACCAGAGUCACAACAUCCGGUAGGACAUGCAGAAAGUCAGCCACUACAAAUGAAAAGCCAAAUGCUGCAGCAGCAAUCACAGCAACUGCAGCAAAUUCAGUUGCAGCUUAACCAGUCUCAGCAGAUGACUAUACAAAACCAAGCUAGUCAAGUUAAGCAUCAGACUCAAAGUCUGCUUCCAGGACAGAUGCAAACACUCUAUCAAAUGCCACAACAACCACAGGUGAGGCAGUCACUGACCAUUCAACCAUCACAUACUCAGCACAUAAAGCAGAACUCGACUCAACAGCUGCAGCAGCAAAAACUACAGCAGCUUCAGCCACAUCAGAUUCAACAUGUGCAGCAAAUUAUGCAGCUAAAACAACAAAUGCUAAAUCAACCUCCCCAGAAGCAACUUCAACUACAACAGCAAAUCCAAAUGCACUUGCAACAGUUGCGUCAACAAACACAACUGCAAUUAGAGCAACGUCCAGAACCAAAGAAAGAGACAAAGGAGUCUACAGCUAUAUUUCCAGAGCCUGUACAGACUACUCAAAACAAAUCCUUAGAGCAACAUGUCAGUAUCAUAAAGUCAGAGAAUAAUCUUUCUGCAGUAAAACUUUGUCCUAGUAAUUUGUCACAACCAUCCAAUGAUGGUCUGAACAGAGAUUCCUCAUCCUCCAGAGAGACCUCUUUAGUAUCACGCAUGUUAAGUAGUGUGCAUGGCUCAGAUGCAAAACUUGCUGACACUGUCGACAUUUUGCCCAAAGAACAGUCCAAAGAAUUGGAACCAAUCAGUUGUCAGGCGUCGUCUGCAACUGGAGAUAUACAUUCUGAUAAACAAGUAGAGGACCAGGGCAAAAUAGCAGAAAAUUCCACUGAAAAGGAUUCUAAUGCAAAUUCGACUAAUCCAAACGCCCAAUUAGAAAAUGGUGAAAUUGAUGACUUUCCCAAGCUCCUUAAGCAGGAGCCCAUAGAGCUUGGAGUAGCUGUCCAACAGGGCAUAAAGUGUGAGGCAAAUUGUGAUGAUACAUCUCUUGGGGCCAAAACAGAGGCUGGUCAUCUCUUGCUUCAGAAAUUGCUGCGUGCCAAGACCGUUCAGCUUGCUGCUCAGCACUCUGCAGAUCCUCUUCAUGCAGAUAUAAAUGGUCAUAUUGACAACAAAUUAACUGUUCUUGAACAGAAACUGAAAGCUGCUUCACGGAAUCAGGAGGACAUUGCUGCAAAGAAGACUGUCCCUAAACCAAAGAGGACGCAGAAGACAAAUGAGAGGGUACCCAACUCUCGCAAAAAAAUUCGCAGAGAGGAUAGUAUAAAAUCUCCUGAUGCCAUUAUGAAACAGCUAAAGCAGGAACUUUCUUUGUUACCACUUGUAGAGCCUUCAAUCGUGGCCAAUUUCAGCCUUUUUUCUCCAUUUGGUAGCAACAGCCCUGUUAAUGGUAAAUGCCCUCUUAAAGGAUCGUUUGGCAGUGGAGCCCUGGAGAGCAUUCCAGACUAUUACACACAGCUGCUUAGUAAGAAUAACCUCAGUAACCCUCCUACACCUCCAAGCUCGCUGCCACCCACUCCACCUCCCUCUGUGCAGCAGAAAAUGGUUAAUGGGGUUACAGCGGCAGAAGAUCUGAGUGAUGCAAAGAAAGAAGCUGAAAGCAGUGCAGAAACUGAGGAUAAGAAAGGUACUGUUGAACGUAGCCUGGACCUGUUGGCCGCAUUACCUACCCCUCCACACAAUCAAUGUGAAGACGUCCGAAUGGAGAGUGAUGAGGAAAAUGAUGUACCUGAUAGCAUUGUGCCAGCUUCCUCCCCAGAGAGUGUUCUUGGUGAAGAAACUCCAAGGUUUCCUACACUCUGUGAAGUAAAGGAAGAAGAGGAAGAGAGAGCUUUGUCUCCGGUCAUACCCCUUAUUCCUCUUUGCUCCAUACCAGUGUUCCCAGAUGUGAAGUCUGCUGAAAAAUUGGAAGCUAUAUCAGAGCAUUCUGGGGAGGCUCUUGUGAAUUCUGCUGGGGGAACGGUUUCAUGGGUAAAGUCAAAGGGCAGCGAAGUGUCUGUUAUGCUCACUGUGUCAGCGGCAGCAGCUAAGAGUCUGAAUGGUGUUGUUGCAGCAUUUGCUGAUUUGCUGAGUAUCAAGUUACCAAGUUCCUAUGAAGUUCUUUUUCCAGAGAGGGGUCUCAAAAGUACUGUAGAGGUAAAGAAGCCUGAAGAUGCAUCCACUGAUGGAGAGAAGGAAAAAUCUCAACUGGGUAAAAUGGAAAACAGUACAGAUUGGCUGAAAAAGCUUGACGCGUUGCUUCCUGGCUAUACACUAAAGAAUGAACUGGACAUUCUUACUCUGUUAACACAGGAAGAAAAUGUGAUUGAGAAUACUGCACAUCAUUAUUAUGUGAAUAAUGUCUCUAACUUAGAUGUGCGCCAGCUUCCAGUGUUACCUGAAGUAUCUUCUCCUCCACCCUCUCCUUUUGUUCCAUCUCCUGCUUCCCCUGCAGAACCUUCUGCUGAACCAGAUCCCCCAUUGCCUCUUGAACCAUUACCUAUUCCUCCGCCUAUGUCUCCAGACAAAGAGGACUGUAAGGACAUGGUCACAAUUAAGCAACGUGCACGACCACCAGAAGAUGACAUUGAGGAGCCUAAGCCACGAAUUAAAAAAUGGAAAGGUGUUCGCUGGAAGCGACUGCAUAUACUAAUCACGUUUCAGAAAAUUGGCUCACGGCAUUGUGAAAAAGAAAUAUGUGAGGUAAUAGAGAGACUAGGGACCACUUUAAGGCCAGAAACCUUACCUCCAGACCUUCGCAAAUGCUGCUUCUGCCAUGAAGAAGGUGAUGGAGCUACUGAUGGACCAGGUCGGUUGCUUAAUUUGGACCUUGAUCUUUGGGUGCAUCUUAACUGUGCGCUGUGGUCUACAGAGGUGUAUGAGACGCAAGGUGGGGCACUUAUAAAUGUGGAAGUUGCUCUUCAUCGAGGAUUGCUUACUAAGUGUAGUCUGUGCCAGAAAACUGGAGCCACCAAUAGCUGCAACCGCCUUCGUUGCCCAAAUGUGUAUCACUUUGCCUGUGCUAUCCGUGCAAAGUGUAUGUUCUUUAAGGAUAAGACUAUGUUAUGUCCGAUGCACAAAUUGAAGGGGCCAUGCGAGCAGGAGUUGAGCUUUUUUACUGUCUUCCGACGAGUAUAUAUUGAAAGAGAUGAGAUUAAUCAAAUUGCUAGUAUUAUCCAACGAGGAGAUCGCAUCCACAUGUUUAGGGUUGGGGGACUUGUUUUCCAUGCCAUUGGCCAGCUUCUCCCCUACCAAAUGCUGGAUUUCCAUAGUGUAACUGCCCUCUACCCUGUGGGAUAUGAGUCAACGCGAAUUUAUUGGAGUAUGCGGCAUAGUCAUCGUCGCUGCUGUUAUCGGUGCAGAGUGUGCGACAACAAUGGCCGCCCUGAAUUCACUGUCCAAGUUAUUGAGUACGGCUAUGAAGAUGUGAUACUCACGGACUCCUCCCCUCAAGCUCUCUGGAAUCGAGUUGCUGAACCUGUAGCACGAAUGAGGAGAGAGACUGGAAUGCUUCGGCUUUUCCCAGAGUAUCUGAAAGGAGAAGAUAUGUUUGGGCUGACACUGCAUGCAGUGCUUCGCAUUGCUGAAUCUUUGCCAGGAGUAGAGAAUUGCCAGAACUAUCUCUUCCGUUAUGGCAAACAUCCUUUAAUGGAGCUGCCCCUCAUGAUCAACCCAACUGGCUGUGCCAGAUCUGAGCCGAAGAUCAUGACCCAUUACAAACGGCCACACACUCUAAACAGCACUAGUAUGUCAAAAGCCUACCAGAGCACCUUUACAGGGGAAACAAACACGCCCUACAGCAAGCAGUUUGUGCACUCCAAAUCAUCCCAGUACCGACGACUCAAAACUGAGUGGAAAACCAAUGUAUAUCUAGCUCGUUCACGAAUCCAAGGCUUGGGACUGUACGCAGCCAAGGACCUCGAGAAGCACACCAUGGUCAUUGAGUAUAUAGGCACCAUCAUCAGGAAUGAAGUGGCAAACAGACGUGAAAAGAUUUAUGAAGAACAGAACCGAGGCAUUUAUAUGUUUCGAAUCAAUAAUGAACAUGUGAUUGAUGCCACUCUUACUGGUGGGCCAGCCAGGUACAUUAACCAUUCAUGCGCCCCCAACUGUGUUGCUGAGGUAGUCACCUUUGACAAAGAGGACAAGAUCAUUAUCAUUUCCAGUCGCAGGAUUCCUAGAGGAGAAGAGCUUACAUACGACUACCAGUUUGACUUUGAGGAUGAUCAGCACAAGAUCCCUUGUCACUGUGGGGCAUGGAAUUGCCGGAAAUGGAUGAACUGAAAGUGAGAUGUUUUGAAUGCCUCUUAAUAAUCCUGCACAUCUGCCCUUUUGCAGAGAACCUGGGGAUAGAGUACAGGAUACCUUUAUAAGUGUCACUGCCAUCACCUCGCCCCCAUAUCUGCUAUUUAAGCCUUCCUUGAUAAUGGCUGCAGGACUCAGGUGUAACCCUCUGCCUCUAAAGCAAGUAAGGCAAGUACAGUGACGGCUACCAAGAGAGCAUUACUACCCGUCUGAUAUCUCUCUUGUGGUGAAUGGGAUAAAGCAGAAGAAAUUGAUUGAGGAUCAUUCACUGCAUACGAUCAACCAGAUGUGUAUGUGUAGCAUCCUUCCUUCAUCGAAAUUACAAGUGGUCUAUGGAGUAAGGAACCUUUUUUUUUUUUUUAAAUAAAUAAAUUCUGUUGACUUCUCUGAGUUGAGACGUUCAGAAAUGUAAAACAAAAAAAAAUCAGUUUGACAAUCCUAAAUCUACUGGACCUUCGGAGCGCAAGAGAGAGCACAUGAGCCUGCAGACAAAGAGCACAGGAGAUGCUUUCAGCGAGCGCCAAGAGACAGUCCCAAAGACUGUUGCCUGUCACAGCUACCCAAUCCCGGAGGCACCUGCCAGCACCUACCUCAACUGCCUGUUGGAUAGUAUUGUGUAUAUGUGACACUCCUAUGGCAAGCUAUAAUAGAUAGCACCUCAUGAACAGUGACACAGCUCAACUGGAGUUGUGCAAUGAAUAGCUCUCCCACUGAUACCUUUCUGAAGCUUUUUGGCCUGUCUCAUGGCCUCUGAAUUGGGCUUUGAGCAGGCAAAAGUGCACUGAGGGACAUGCUUUCUGCAAACCACCCGCUUUCCCUCCACGGCACAUUUCCUCCCCUAUUCCAUGCCCAAUAAUCUCAUCCUUCUCAAUAUAUGUAGCUUGAGAGUUUGAGAAAAGCCUGCUGUGAUAUGGGGUAGAGGAUAAUGCUAUUACGGUAGAGUUGUGUGUAUGUGACUGUAUGGAUGUGUGAAUUAAGAAUCCUUUGUAGCAGCUGCGUGUUCAUUAAAAUACUCCCCUACACUGUAUAGCUGUUAAGUCCAAUAUACAAUUUACAGAUCAUUCUAGUAGUAUAUAUUUUUGAGGUGAAUUAAAAAUUAAAAAAAACCUGGUUUUUGAAAUGUACUGCUGUCUAUCCCACCCAUCCUUCCUUAUUUCCCUCACAUGCAUUAUUUUAAAGCUGCUGCUUUUUUUUCUGGGUUUAUUCUUAGAUCCCCCCCCCUUUUUUAAAAAAAAAAAAAAAGCACAGUGCUUGGGUGGGAACAGGUGAAAGGGAGUUAUUUAUUUAUACAUGUAAUUAUAUUUAUUAAUUAAAACCUUGUGUGAGGGAAGUACAGGGUCAAUUUUUAUGACUGGCAUGGUAUUCCUGGGGUUUGCAUACCUGAAAUGUUCAGUUAUCGACUUACAGUAAUAAAGGUAUACAAUUAAUGAUUAAGCACUAGUGAUGUCCUGGAAAGUGUGGCCUGUCCACAUACUCAUUCUGCAUAGAGUAGGUCACAAUCCUUUUGGCUUCCAAGCUACAUUUUUGUUUUAGCCUCCUAGUGCUUUAAAUGCAAGAAAUCUUUUUUUUGUGUGUGUAUCAUAGCAGUGUGAAACUAGUCUCGUCCCCACAGCCACAUGUCUGCGGAUGUUAACCUUAAUAACGGACACAGCAAUUAUGUUUGAAGUGCACAGAAAAAGAUUGAUGGCAAGAAUAGGCCAAGGGCAUUUAAAAUCAAAAAUUGUGUGAAUAGGAGAGGUAAUUAAGUGCUGUUGCUUUUUAAUACAAGCUGCUUCCACAACUGUUUUAAAAGCUGCAAACUUGUACAAAUAAAAGGAAAGAUACGUGUAAAUAAAUGUAAGAAAAUAAAAAAAGAAAUAAAAAAAAAAAAUCAUAAUGGUGUGCAUAGUCAGCACCGUUUUAGCAAGAAAAACCACUGGACACUAUGAAAACCCUUCAAAUCUCUAAAGAAAUGGCCCCUCAUUCUCCCAUUUCCCUGCAUCUUUCAACAGUGAAUCUUCUGGGAGAGCAACGGGCUCUUCAAUGGAGGCCGACAAAAAAGUGAUUCUAGAUUAUCAUAGCUAUAAAAUACAGUAAUGUAGCUUUUAGGUAUACCCUAUACAGGUUUUAUUUUUUAUAUAUAUAUAAAAAAUAUAAUCCAGACCCAAGCUUAAAAUACUUGAUUUUUUUUCUGCUUGUAUUAAAAAAAAAAAAAAAAAAAAACUUUACAUUGCUGUGCUUGAUUUUAAUUUUGGUCUUCACUUGCAAAUAUUCGGUUUUCAUUUUAUAAAUAUAUAUAUAUAUAUAUUUACUUCUUUUGCCAUUUCCAUUUUUUUAUUGACAAUUCUAUGAGGAGCUGUAAUUUGUGCGGUGAGAAUUCUGUACAGAAGAUUUGUCCUUGGUAGAAAAUAUAAAAUUAUAACCUUUUUUUUUUUUUUAAAAAAAAAAUGAAAAUAAAAACUUGUACGUGGCAUGUUUUGUAUUGAAUAUAAUUUUGAAAUGUAUAUAAUUUAUGUGAAAUGGGGCAAGUAAGACACGUCUCAUUUGCUUCUUUUGGUUUGUUUUUAAAGGACAAAUAAAAUGCAUUUUAAAUA